UACCGCCUGCAGAUUUAAACAGGAUGGGGACCAGCGUGAAGGCUGAACUCCUUCCUUUCAGCGGUUGUGCUCCCCUUGAACCAGCCCCACCCUCAGAAAAGAUGUUUUCCGUGAAGAUCUUCUGCCUGGUCCUGAGUGUGGUGGGCACAGUCUGGACUGCAGAAACCACUGAAGGUGAGUUUUUAGCUGAAGGAGGAGGUGUGCGUGGUCCAAGAGUUGUGGAAAGACAGCAAUCUACCUGCAAAGAGACAGACUGGCCCUUCUGCUCUGAUGAAGACUGGAACAACAAAUGUCCUUCUGGCUGCAGGAUGAAAGGGUUGAUUGACGAAGUCAAUCACGAUUUUACGUCCAGAAUUGAAAAGCUCAGAAAUUCACUAUUUGAUUAUCAGAAGAACAAUAAGGAUUCUAAUUCAGUGACCAGAAAUAUAAUGGAACUUUUGAGAGGGGACUUUGCCAAGGCUGAUAACAGUGAUAAUACAUAUAAGCAAGUAUCAGAUGAUCUGAGAAGCAGAAUUGAGAUACUGAAGCGCAAAGUCUUAGAACAAGUUCAACGUAUCCAACUUCUGCAGAAAAAUGUCAGGGAUCAGCUGGUGGAGAUGAAACGACUGGAGGUGGACAUUGAUAUUAAGAUCCGAGCUUGCAAAGGGUCAUGCAGUAGGGCCUUAGCACAUGAAGUAAAUCUAAAGGACUAUGAAGAUCAGCAGAAACAACUUGAACAGGUCAUUUCCAUAGACUUAUUUCCCUCUAGAGAUAGGCAAUCUUUACCAAUGAUAAAAAUGAGCCAAGUUCCAGACUUGAUUCCUGGAAGUUUCAAGAGCCAGCUUCAGAAGGCCCCUCCAGAGUGGAAGGCACUAAUGGAAACAAAGCAGAUAAGAAUGGUGUUAGAAAGGCCUGGUGGUGACGGGAAUCCCCGAGGAGACUCAGCAUCUCACGGAAAAGGAGCAGAGCCUGGAAGCUCCAGGAAACCUGAACCUGGCAGUGCUGGCACUUGGAGUCCUGGGAGCUCUGGAUCUCCUAGUCCUGGUGCUUGGAAUCCUGGGAGCUCUGGAUCUCCUAGUCCUGGCACUUGGAGUCCUGGGAGCUCUGGAUCUGAUAGUGCUGGUGCUUGGAAACCUGGGAGCUCUGGAUCUGGUAGUUCUGGCAGUUGGAGCACUGGGAGCUCUAGUCAUAGUAGCUCUAGUUCUUGGAGCUCUACGAGCUCUGGGCAUGGGAGUUCCAGGCCAGAUAGCUCAGGGUAUGGGAGCACCAGGCCUACCAAACCAGACUGGCAUGAAUUUGAAGAGGUGUCAGGAAGUAUAAGACCAGGUGCAGAGAAAGAAUUCCACACAGGUAAACAGGUCACUACUACAGGAACUAAAGAGCUCCUGAUUGGUGGUGAGAAGGUCACAUCUGGUGGCACAACCACCACUCGUCAUUCAUGCACCAAAACUGUUACCCGCACUACUGUGGGGGCUGAUGGUCGCAAGGAAGUGGUCAAAGAAGUGGUGAACUCCGAAGACGGUUCUGACUGUGGCGACGCAGUCGAAUUGGACUUGUUCCAUACUGGCAGAGGUAGCCUGAGUGACUUUCGUCUUAGGCACCCCGAAGAGGCUGCUUUCUUUGAAACUGACUUAACUGGAAAAACAUCCUCACGCGUAUCAGUGUCUGCAUUCAAAGGGGACUCAGAAUCUGACAUUUUCAAACGCUUUGGGGAAACCCAUUCUCUUCCUCUUGGUUCGCAUGAGCUCCCUUCCAGCAAACAAUUUGGAACAAGUGUCAAAGAGGGAGUUUCCACAUUUGAAACCAAGAGCUAUACAGUUAAAGAAGGAGCUGAAAGUGAAGCCCUCAGAGAAGGAUAUAGCACCAAGAGAGGCCAUACUAGAACUCGCAGUUCCAGAGACUGUGAUGAUGUCCUUCAAACACAUCCUUCAGGUGCCCAAAGUGGCAUUUUCAAUAUCAAGCUACCGGGUUCCAGUAAGAUUUUUUCUGUUUACUGCGAUCAAGAGACCGGUUUGGGAGGAUGGCUUUUGAUCCAGCAAAGAAUGGAUGGAUCACAGAACUUUAACCGGACCUGGCAAGACUACAGGAGAGGUUUCGGCAGCCUGAAUGACGAGGGGAAAGGAGAAUUCUGGCUAGGCAAUGAAUACCUCCACUUACUAACCCUGAGGGGCGCUGUCCUUCGGGUGGAAUUGGAAGACUGGGCUGGGAACAGGGUUUACGCAGAGUAUCACUUCCGGGUAGACUCUGAGGCUGAAGGCUAUGCCCUGCACGUCUCCUCCUAUGAGGGUACGGCGGGCGAUGCUCUGGUUGAGGGCUCUGAAGAGGAAGGGCGGGAGUACACUUCUCACGCGGGCAUGCGAUUCAGCACCUUUGACAGGGAUGCAGACCAGUCGGACGAGAACUGUGCGGAAGUCUACGGAGGCGGCUGGUGGUACAACAGCUGCCAAGCGGCCAAUCUCAACGGCGUCUACUACCCCGGGGGCUCCUACGACCCGAGGGACAACAGUCCUUACGAGAUUGAGAACGGAGUGGUCUGGGUCCCCUUCAGAGGAGCAGAUUAUUCCCUCAGGGUUGUUCGCAUGAAAGUCAGGCCCCUGGCGACCCAAUAGGCUGCAGAGAGCUGGAGAGGGAGGGCUGUGUUUUGUUUAUUUGUUUAGUGAAGUAGGAGGAAAAACUAAGAAGGUAAAGCAGCCAAGAUUCUUAGCAAACCACUGAAAAUUUCCCUGGUGCUAUUUCAUUAUUCUUUGUACUGUAGCUAAAUGUAACUGAGACAUAUUAGUGCUUUACAGAAUAAAGCUACGUGAGUUUUUUUACCUUUAAAAUA